AUGGAAAACUACAUCCGUGGCCUUGAAAGUAUAGGGGAGUCUCACGAGUCGUUCGGAAGCCUUUUAGUGCCCAUUAUAUUAAAUAAAUUACCUGGGAAUAUACGAGAAAACAUGGUACGUGCCCACGGAGGCGACUACUGGAACUUGCCGUCGUUACGGCAAGCUAUUCAACAUGAGAUAAUGAUUAAGGAAGCGGAUCAGUCGGUAAACGGUGAUGAUAUAGAGCCAAAUUACACACCCACAUCAGCAUUCUUUACGGGUACAAAUCGCAACUACGCAAAUCAGAAAGGGAAAAGAGACAUAACCAAGAAGCCGUGCAUCUUCUGUCAAGGAGUUCACGCCCCAUUAGCUUGUAAAACUUUUACAGAAAUUGAAGCUCGAAAACGCAUUGUUAAGGAGAAACAGGCAUGUUUCAAUUACUUAGGAAAUCACAGAGUUGCCGAUUGCAAAUCCGAUAAAACUUGUAAAAAUUGUAAUAAACGACACCAUACCAGUAUUUGUGCAAAGGAUGAAUCACACCUGUAA